AGAUAAAAAAUCUGGAAAAGGUGGGUAGGAAGGAAUGGGUGCUGGGUUGGGCAGGAGCAGCACCAGUGGAGGUGGUCUGCUCGAGGCUCUUCCCACAGGAACGCCGCUUCAUGUAGCUAUGUUAGGUCUUGACAGUGCAGGAAAAACAACUGCCCUCUAUAGAUUAAAAUUUGAUCAAUAUUUGAAUACUGUACCGACCAUUGGUUUCAACUGUGAAAGAAUCCGUGGCGGCAUUGGUAAAGCAAAAGGAGUAAAUUUUUUAGUUUGGGACGUAGGUGGACAGGAAAAAUUACGACCUCUAUGGAAGUCUUAUACAAGAUGCACGGAUGGUAUUAUUUUUGUUGUUGAUUCUUGCGAUGCGGAAAGACUUGAAGAAGCAAAAAUGGAACUUACAAAAACAGCUAGGAGUCCCGAUAAUGCUGGCGUGCCCAUUUUAAUUCUUGCAAAUAAGCAAGAUCUAUUGGGUGCUAAAGAAGUGAGUGAAUUGGAAAAGCAGCUUGGUGUCUUGGAACUGGCUGGAAUGCCUGGCAGUUCUAGUAUAAGGGUGCAACCUGCUUGUGCUAUUACAGGUGAAGGUUUACAUGAAGGCCUGGAUACUCUCUACCAAUUGAUAUUAAAACGACGUAAAUUGGCCAAGCUAAACAGAAAAAGGGCUAGGUAGGCCAGGGCUUCGGAAGACUGCACAUGCGUCUUCUGAUAUUGCCCACGGAUGAUCUCUUCCCUGAUAACGGAGGUGCCCAUCGUGGAUCUCUCCGUUUCAUCUUUUUCAUUCUUGUCAACUUUCUCACCGACAUUGUUGACAGCUAAGAAGUGCUCAAUUAAAUAAGUAGAUGGCUAAAACAUCAAUAGCCCCGUAAGUCUGAAAGUAGAACAGUAUUGAUUAUUACAAUUGCUUCAAUUGUUAUUACAACUACUGAUAGUUUGUUAACUUAGGUCACAUCAAGUCUUGCGAUCAACUUUGUGUUGAAGAGCUCAGACUAAUCAAACUUGACUAAGAAAAACAUUCGCACUUAUAAGACUAAAUCAUACAAGAUCGAUAGCUUCAUCUAAGAAAAAUUCUUUACUCUAUACAUGACUUGAAUUCAGUUCUGAUAAGAAGAACAUACCACAUCCACGUAGUUGAUGGAAUUUGGAUUGUGGAUUGUGAAUUGUGGAUUAUCACUUUCUAAUCUAAGAUUUAAUAGAAGAUAUAUAUAUAUAUAUAUAUAUACACAUAUAUAUACGCGCGCGCGCGCGCGUGUGUGUGCGUGUGUGUGUGCGUGUGCGCGUGCGUGCGCGUGCGUGUGUGUGUGCGUGUGCGCGGGCGCGCGUGCGUGCGUGCAUGCAUGUUGAUGGCAUUAUCUUCUAUUCAUUCAUGAUAAAGUGUGAUGGUUUUAUAUCUUAGAACCAUACAUACUAUUGUGUCACUUAGUCUGAAAGUGAUCAAAGUUGAAAAUGACAAAUCAUAAAUUAUUAAUUUUGUUAAAGAGGAAGAGUAACAUUACUAGAUAACAGACUUUUAAUAAUUUUGGACUUGCCAUAGUGUUGAUGAAAGACAUCAUUUGUAAUGGGACAAUAAUUGAGCUUGAAAUGUGUAUUCAUGUGAACAUCCCAAUUGAAGUUUUGCAUUCACAAUAGACAUAUGGAGCAUUAAUACAUAUACUAUGAUUCCCAAAGUCA